AUGACUAAGAGUCUUCUUCUGGAACUCAUCAGCGUUUACAACUGGAACGAGGACCGCCUCCAAGCUUCCUGUUCCUUUGAUGAAAGCAAGAAAAUAGCAGGCGGGACAGGCGCCAGGACGCUCGUGUCCCGGGCAGAUGAAGGUUUUCCAGAGAUCAGCAAAAGCGUGAGCAAUUACAACGAGGCUUUCAUUAACAUCCCGCACUACACCCGGUUCAACCAACCGGACACCAAGGAGCGGAUCCUGCCCUCUGCCUCCGCAGCAACGGGAGGCCCUGCUGAGUCGAGCAGCACCUUUUACCAGAAGGCGGUGCUCGAGCCCCGGCCGGAACCCAAGCCAAAAACGAGGCCCAUGGUUAACAAGGCGAACAUCCACGAGAUACACCAGCCAAGGGCAACGGGCGCCCCUUUGGAGGGCUACGGGGCAACUCUGCCCGGGCACAAGAAGGAGUCCGAUCCGAGUCAAAGGUGGGUUACGACUAACCAGCGCAUGUACGUCGAUGACCCGGCGAAGGCCCGGCUGCGGCCGCCCCCCCCCGACAAGCUCGACGAUGAGCGGUUCGUAGGUGGUUUACCAGCCAGCUGUAACCCCAACUUCCCGGAAAAAGGCCGGUUGCUGCCAACCGACCGAACCUUCUUCCGAACCCGAUCUUUUCCUGGGGACGACGGGACAGCGAGCGAUUGUUUGAAGGGAUCCCCUGUUGCCAGCAAUAGCGCCCAGCUGGAUUGAAACCGACACCCUUUAUGCACAUGAUCGGGCCGGACCCUGUGUCAGAGCUAGGCGCUUUUGUGACGGAGUCAGCCUUAUGUACGAACCGCAAGCGUGAGCAGUAUCAAGCGGCGGUUUGUACGUGGGCGAAGAACAUCG